UGUUGAGGGGAAAACUUAAGCGGACGCACAAUAACAUACGUCACUUCCGGUUUUUUCUUAGGUCACCAAAACAAACAUGGCGACUUACAGGCAGGUCGGCAGGUUGUUGGGUAUUUCAGCAAGGCUUUCCCGUCCUCUCGCAGUCAGCUGCUAUCAGAGUGCCGGAUUACACUGGCCUUCACAUAACACAGCAGUCCCAAACAGAUGGCCACAAAACCCCCAUUGGGUUGUUCCUGGAAGGACAAUGUUUGUGCAGACCCAGGACACACCAAAUCCAAACAGCCUAAAGUUUCUGCCUGGUCGCACAGUUCUUGAAUCAGGGACUAUGGAUUUUUCCGGCCCUCGUGAUGCUCACUGCUCACCCUUAGCCAGACAGCUUUUUAGGAUUGAUGGAGUCAAGAGUGUCUUCCUGGGCCCCGACUUUAUCACCAUAUCAAGGUCUGAUGAAAACAUGGAAUGGAGAGUUAUCAAGCCUGAUGUAUUUGCUGCCAUUAUGGACUUUUUCACAUCUGGACUUCCUGUGGUCAAUGAGGACAGCACACCCAGUGCAGAUACAGCACCAUCAGAUGAUGAUGAUGAAGUAGUUGCUAUGAUCAAAGAACUGCUGGAUACUCGAAUAAGGCCAACAGUGCAGGAAGAUGGAGGUGAUAUUGUGUAUCGGGGGUUUGAGGACGGUGUUGUGAAACUGAAGCUGCAGGGCUCCUGCACCAGUUGUCCCAGUUCCAUUGUUACUUUGAAGAGUGGAAUCCAAAACAUGCUGCAGUUUUACGUCCCCGAAGUUGAAUCAGUUGAGCAGGUGAAGGACGAGGACGAGGAGGAGGCUGCUCAAGUUUGAACUGCUCUGAAACCCCAUUUACACAUUCCUCCAUCCCCCGGCCACCUCCUUUGAUGCAAGCCAUAGUUGCAAUAAAAUGAGCUGGUGUAUAGGAUAGCUGUCAUCAUCAUCAUUCAUCCAGAUGGUAUCUUUGAUUUGGUGGCAAUUUUCUGCAAAAGGGGCACUGAAGAGCCAAGAAAUAAGAACUGAUGACUGUAGAGUUGCAAUAAAUUUUAUUUAUUAUUUUACAGUGUUACACUCAGUCACUAGUCAAAAACAGUCUUAAACAGGCUGAAAUUACAUAUACUGUAAGUAUAUAAAUAAAGUUGUUGAAAUAUUU